GUGCACACAAGCCACCAAAUGUCAGAGCAGAACUGAUCGCUGCACUGAGCACAUCACAGCACGCACCAAUCACCUGUGAGGGAGGAGACACAACACUAAAAAAAGAGGGUUUUGUUUGAUCAGGGUUCUUCAUUUCAACACAACUCCAGAUCACUGCAGAAGAUCAGUCACCAGUCAUCAGUACUUAGAUGUCACCAAGAUGAAUAAGUUAUUUCAGACCCCCAACAUCAUCAUCAUCGCUGCUGUGCUCCUCUCAGUAACAGAAGCUGCUGAUGAGGUGAUAUAUGCUCAGGUGGGGGGGACGGCUACUUUCUUUAAGACAACAGCAGGGGCUGACAGGAGCAGCACUUAUGUGUACUGGUACCACACAGACUUAAACACGCUGCUGAUCUACUACAAUACAUUUGUCAUGACAGUAAAUCAAGACAAAUGGCGCAGCAGGGUGUCCUUGUCUGACUACUCACUGACCAUCAAAGCCAUUGAAGAGACAGACUUUGGAAUAUUCAUUUGUAAACUGAUGAAGUUUGGGAAAGAUUUCUCCAUCACCACAUACAGACUAUCCCAAAUUACCGUGAGUGUGACUCCAGGUCCUGUCCUGCUGCUGGGGGAAUCUGUGUCUUUGUCCUGCAACACAGACGCUCCUCCUGAAUUUAAGGCUCCUGAAAUACACUGGGUGAAUCCUCGAGGAGAAGUAAAAAACAAACAAGUGACUGUGACAGCCACAGGUGGGGACAGUGGGGUGUGGACCUGUGUUGUGAAAGGUGGUAGUCAAACCAGCGCCAAAACUUCUGUUACGGUUAUAGACCUCUCCCCACAUCCUUCAGGCCAUCAGUAUACAUCGCAGUCAUCAUCCUUCAGCAUUCCAUGUUCUAUUCCUGCUUACAUCUCCUGGGAACAGCUUAAAGCCAGAGACCUCCAAGGAGGACGCUGGCUCUUCCUCCCAGAACCCGCAGGAAGAGCCAGCGUCCUCACAGGAACAAAGAGCCUUUCUAAUGGUGCAGAGAUCCUCUUCUCUUUCUCCCUGAAGGAUCUCACCUGGACUCCAGAGCAAAACCGAGGGCUACGUACAUCAGACCUCAAGAAAGGAAAUCUGACUUUGACUAAAUGGAAAGCAACAGAAGCUGACAAAGGAGAGUACGUGUGCAGCCUGGACUUUGAAAAUGGUCUGUCCAUUAACAGGACCAUACAGCUCGAGAUGCUCCAAAUCGUCUCCUCUGCAGGCACAGAGAUCACAGAAGGUCAGCCAGUUAAUCUGACUUGCAGCCUCAGCCACACCCUGCCUCCUCAACUGCACGUUAAAUGGUUCCCACCGGCGACGUCGUCCCCAUCGGCUCUGGCAUCUGCUCCUCACCCCGACCGUCUCACGAUCCCGGAAGUGAGUAGAGGAGAAAGCGGGAAGUGGAGGUGUGAGCUGUGGCAGAGCAGUGCACAGUUGACAUCAGCCGUGACAACUCUGAGAAUCAAACCCAGGCACAGUGUGUGGCUCCUGGUGACCAUCUGCGGUGUCACGGUUAUCGUCAUUCUUCUCCUCAUCCUCGCUGUCAUCCUUAUCUGCCGACACAGACAGCAGAAGAUGAAACACCCCAGGCGUCGACUCUGCCAAUGCAAACACCCAAAGCCAAAAGGAUUCUACAGAACAUAGCAUCUCCCAGAACCAAGAAAGACAUUUUCAGUAGCACACCACAGCAAGCUUGGAUAGAUUUUCCCCUCUUUUGUAUUUGCUGCUUUGAAAUCAGAGCUGGAAGUUUAAAACUGAGUUCAAUCAUGUUGGAAUGUUGAUAAGCCUGGUAUAGCAAAAUGUAGUUUACACUUGUACAGAACAAGUGGGACACUUUGUAUUUGAAAUGUAUCAUUAAAUCUCUCUCUUAGGAUUUCACAUUCAAUUGAUAUGAAACUGAUUUUCCAUUUAAUUAGCCUUUAUUGUUACCAUAUGAUCAUUACUGUUUAAUGGUUAUGAUGUGCUAUAUCAAAUGUUUUACAAUAAUCUUUUUGUAGAUAUUCUGUACCUUUCGCUAUGAUGAUCAGUAUUGUCUUGGUUAUUUGUUUCUAUAAAUACUUACAAAUAUAUUGCUUGUAAAAUGCACAAAUGUCAGUAUAUAGUACAUUGAUGAUGAUCAGAGUUAAUUAAUAUCAAGUUGUUAAUAUCAGGUUGUUUUUGUAAAAAUAAAACAAGUAA